AUGCGCUGCGUGGCGCAGACGUAUGAUUGGGGCAUCAAGGGCAGCGGGAGCACGGUGGGUCGGCUUUACGCGCUGGGCACGAGCGGCAGCGCGGAGGCGGCUAAGGACGACGUGCCGUACGCCGAGCUCUGGAUGGGCACUCACCCCAGCGGGCCGUCGCUUGUGCUGCCGUCCGCGCAAUCGGAUGAGGUCGAUGCCUCGUGCCCCGCUCUCGUCAAGGCCGACGCCGCAGCGGGCGAGCCGCAGCUGUUGCAGGACUGGCUCGACGCGCACCCCGAGGCUCUGGGCGCCACGGUGCAGCACAAGUGGCCCGGCCAGCUUCCAUUCCUCUUCAAGGUACGUUGCUGCAUGGUACUGAGCGUGGCGAAGGCGCUGUCGAUCCAGGCGCACCCAGACAAGCGGCUGGCGGAGCGGCUGCACGCGACGCAGCCGAAGAACUACAAGGACGCCAACCACAAGCCCGAGAUGGCGCUCGCCGUCACCAACUUCGAGGCGCUCUGCGGCUUCGUCACCUCACGGGAACUCCGCGAAAGCAUUCAGUCGGUGCCGGAACUGCGGAUGGCCAUCGGCGAACACACGGCGGACAGCGUGCUGAGAGCCAGCAAGAACGGAGUCAACGGAGUCAAUGGGGUCAUCGGCGUCAAUGGGGUCAACGGCGUCAACGGCGCUCAUGAAGCGCAGGAGUGUGCGGAGCGAAGGGCGUUCAAGGACGCGUUCAGAGCGCUGAUGACGCAAGACGGCGCCGUGAUUGAGAAGCACCUCUCGAGCCUCGUUGCGCGGCUGCAGGCCGAAUCCAAGGAGCGCGAGCUGUCGGACAAGGAGCAGCUGGUGCAGCGGCUGGAGCAGCAGUACCCGGGCGAUGUGGGCGUGCUGUCCGCCUUCUUCCUCAACCACGUCACGCUGCUGCCCGGCCAGGCCAUCUGCCUGGCGGCCAACGAGCCGCACGCGUACCUGGCGGGCGAGUGCAUUGAGUGCAUGGCGGCGUCUGACAACGUGGUGCGGGCGGGCCUCACACCCAAGUACCGCGACACGGACACGCUCACCUCCAUGCUCACCUACCACCAGGGCCGCCCUAAGCUGCUCAACGGCGACCGCGUCACCCCGCACGUCACGCUCUACACGCCGCCCUUCGAGGAGUUUGAGGUUGAAAAGAUCUCCGUGCCCCUCGGGCAGACGGCAGCCCUGCCAGAGAUAUCUGGGCCAUCCAUUCUGCUGGUGUUCCGCGGAUCUGGAGCCAUUUCGGUGGCCCCGGCCAACGGGCUGACCAAGGUGCAUGGGUGCACGGCAGCGGUGGCGGCGGCGCCAUCAUACGUGCAGGGCGUGCACGUGGGGGACAUCUUCUUUGUGCCCGCGGGCAGCAACAAGCUGCUGGCGUCCGCUGUGGUGGAGACGGAUGGGGGGCAGAAUGAGGAGGUGCUGGAGAUGUACCGCGCCCGCAUGGGUUCCGCACUCUCCGCCGUCUUCCUUGUGCUCCUGCUCGCUCUGGCCGCGCCACCAUCCCUAUCGCAACAGCCGUCCGUGCCAGUCCUUUCCCCGGCUCCAGCUCCCAGCUCCGCCACUGCGCCUUCGCCCGCGCCCACACUCGCGCCGACUCCCUCUGCCGCGCCCAGUUCCUCGGUCUCCCCAGCCUCAGCGCCUUCCGUCGCCCCCACGCCUGCUCCCUCCUCCUCCCCGGGUCCUGCUCCUGUCCCUGCUGCUGCCCCCACCCCUUCUGGUCCCGCGCCUGCCCCAGCGCCAGCAUCCGAGCCUGCUGCCGCGCCAGGGUCAGCCCCAGCCUCUGCUCCGGCCUCGGAACCAAUGAUCGGCUCGGCGCCGACUCCGAGCGCUGCUCCUCCUGGCAGCGACAACAGCCCUCCUCCUCCUGGCAGUGAUGACGGCACAACGGCUCCUCCCGCCCCCGUGCGAGUGCCGGGGAGCAACGACACCCCUGGCAGCGCUGGUGCAGGUCAAUACUCUCUGACUAAGGGCACCAUUCUCAUAGCUGCAGUUGUGACUGUCGCGUUCCUGGCGCUCUGA